GAUCUUCUAGCAUUGCAAGACGCUGACCCCGCACUUAGUGCUAAAAUGCAUAUCGUGAACAACGCUAUCGAUGAAAUUGGGUUCACUCCAUAUCACUGGAAGCUUUUUGUAUUGAACGGAUUUGGAUACGCCGUUGACUCAUUACUUCUUCUCCUACAGUCAAUUAUUUCAACGCAAGCAGGCUAUGAAUUCAACCCCUCAUUUACCCGUGGCCUGACGAUUGCGGUCUACGUUGGCAUGUUCGUCGGAGCCUUGUUCUGGGGAUUGAGUGCAGAUGUGAUUGGAAGAAGAUUUGCUUUCAACGUAUCCCUCUUCAUCUGCUCUAUAUUUACGACUGUAGCUGGCGCAGCACCAAACUGGGCCUCUCUUGGGGUUUUCAUCGCCUUGCUGGGAUUUGGGGGUGGUGGAAAUCUCAUUCUUGAUACCACAGUAUUCUUGGAAUAUCUGCCAUCAAACAAGCAAUGGGUCGUCACGUUUCUUGCUGCCUGGUGGGGACUUGGACAGGCAAUCGCAGGUUUCAUUGCCUGGGGGUUCUUGUCACCUGCAAAAUGGAACUGCCCAGACCCAUUUGAUUCAAACGGCGUACGAACUUCAGUCUGCACCUACCAUAGCAAUAUGGGGUGGCGAUACGUGAUGUAUACAAGCGGCGCUUUGGUGUUUGUAAUGAGUGUUGCCCGAAUCACCAUCAUCCGUCUGAAGGAAACGCCCAAGUACCUCCUGGGAGAAGGCAAAGAUACGCAACUGGUGCAGGAUUUCCAUGCCAUGGCGGCGAAAUAUAACCGUCCCUGUUCCAUCACCGUGGAAAUGCUAGAUGCGUGCGGAGUCGUGCAGUCCGCUCACGGGAAGACCAAGUUCUCUAUCUCUGAGCUGACGAUCCAUUUCCGGGGUCUGUUCGCUACGCGGACCACCGGUCUCUCAACCGUCCUGAUCUGGCUGUCGUGGACAUUGAUCGGCCUUGCAUAUCCCCUCUUCUACGUCUUCCUCGACUCUUACCUCGCAAGCCGCGGCGCGAACUUCAACGUCUCAACCUACGACACCUGGCGCAACUAUGCCCUCGUAAACAUCUCCGGCAUUUUUGGUCCGAUGCUCGCCGGCUACAUGGCUAACUGGCGACUUCUCGGUCGAAAAUACACCAUGGUGAUCGGCGCCCUCAUAACCAUGGCCUUCUUCUUCGCCUACACCCAAGUGCGCACCGAGCCGCAAAACAUCGGCUUCUCAUGCGCCAUCGGUUUCGCUCUGAACAUCUAUUACGGAACCCUGUACGCCUACACCCCCGAGGUUCUCCCCUCGGCUCAUCGCGCAACCGGGAACGGUAUCGCCGUCGCGUGUAACCGCAUCAUGGGCAUUCUAAGCGCUGUCAUCGCGACCGUCGCGAACACGAGUACCAGCGUACCUAUCUAUAUCUGCGCCGCGCUGUAUGUGGCCAUGGCAGCAGUCGCGGUUGCGUUCCCGUUCGAACCGUAUGGGAAGCGCAGCUCGUGAGUGGUGAGUGGUGGUUUGAUUUUGGGCUUUUGACUUUUGCGUUUUUGGCGGAUAUGGAGUUUGGUGGUGGAGUAGAUGGAGUAUGUUAAGAUAGAUAGGUUAAGUAUAGAAUUAGAGAGGAAUAUCAUAACUACUAUACUGCU